GCCCCCAGCGCCGCGAGGGCAGUUUCGAUUUCCUCUCUCAGGCCCUGGCGGCUUGUGGCUCUGGGUGUCUUCUUGGAACAUCCCUACAGGGCUCACUUCUAGUGGCUUUGGGGGAUCCAGGGCGAUCAUCGCUCGGGGGGAGACACAGAAUGACAGCUGAACAGAGGCAGAAUCUGCAAGCGUUCAGAGACUAUGUCAGGAAGACUCUGGACCCCACCUACAUCCUCAGCUACAUGAGUCCCUGGCUCCAGGAUGAUGAAGUCCAGUAUAUCCAGGCUGAGAAAAACAACAAGGGUCCCAUGGAGGCUGCCUCACUGUUCCUCCAGUACCUGCUGCAGCUACAGACAGAUGGCUGGUUCCAGGCCUUUUUGGAUGCCCUGUACCAUGCAGGUUACUGUGGACUUCAUGAGGCCAUUGAAAAUUGGGAUUUCCAAAAAAUUGAAAAGUUAGAGGAACACAGAUUACUUUUACGACGUCUACAGCCAGAAUUUAAGGCCAGAAUUAACCCAACAGAUAUUCUUUCUGAAAUGUCUGAAUGCUUAAUUAAUCAGGAAUGUGAAGAAAUCAGACAGAUCUGCUUCACAAAAGGCAUGAUGGCAGGCGCAGAGAAGAUGGUUGAAUGUCUUCUCAGAUCUGAUAAAGAGAACUGGCCCAAGGUUUUGAAAUUUGCUUUGGAGAAAGAAGACAACAAGUUCAGUGAACUGUGGAUUGUCGAUGAAGGUUUCAAAGGGCUUGAAAGUAAAGCUGUUGAAGAUGAUGGAAUGGAGAUAUCCAGCAUACAGAUUUUCAUACAGGAGGAGCCAGAAUGCCAGGUUCUCAGUCAGAAUCCCUGCCUACCAUCAGACGAAUCUUGUAAUAAUUUGCACAGCUCAUUGAAACCAAGGAAUUAUCAACUGGAGCUUGCUCUGCCUGCACAGAAAGGGAAAAAUACCAUAAUAUGUGCUCCUACUGGUUGUGGGAAAACCUUUGUGUCACUUCUUAUAUGUGAACAUCAUCUUAGAAGCUUCCCACAUGGACAAAAGGGGAAAGUGGUCUUUUUUGCUAAUCAAAUUCCUGUCUACGAACAGCAGGAAACUGUGUUCUCACGCCAUUUUGAAAGACUUGGGUACAGCGUAGCAGGCGUUUCUGGGGCAACUACUGAAAAUGUCUCAGUGCAGCACAUUAUUGAAAACUAUGACAUCAUCAUCCUGACACCCCAGAUUCUUGUGAACAGUCUCAACAAUGGAACCAUCCCCUCGCUGUCAGUCUUCACUUUGAUGAUAUUUGAUGAAUGCCACAACACCAGUAAAAACCAUCCAUACAAUCAGAUCAUGUUCCGGUACCUAGAUCACAAACUUGGACAGUCUCCAGACCCACUGCCUCAGGUCAUUGGGCUAACUGCCUCAGUUGGUGUUGGAGAUGCCAAAACUGUAGAUGAAGCCAUGCUACAUAUCUGCAAACUCUGCGCCGCCCUGCAUGUGUCCGUGAUUGCCAGGAUUUGCAGAGUGCUUUUUCUGUACACGUCACACUUGAGGAAAUACAACGACGCUCUCAUCAUCAGUGAGGAUGCACAGAUGAAAGAUGCUCUGAAUUACCUCAAAGCCUUCUUCCACGAUGUCCGAGAAGCAGCAUUUGAUGAGACUGAGCAAGAUCUUACUCGGAACUUUGAAGAAAAGCUGGAGGAAGCUUUAAAGAAAUGGAUUGAAGAAAAUCCUGCACUGAGCUUUCUAAAGCCUGGCAUAUUGACUGGACGUGGCAAAACAAAUCAGGCAACAGGAAUGACACUCCCAGCACAGAAGUACGCGCUGGAAGCAUUCAGAGCCAGUGGUGAUAACAACAUUCUGAUUGCUACUUCGGUCGCUGAUGAAGGCAUUGACAUUGCUCAGUGCAACCUGGUCAUCCUGUAUGAGUAUGUGGGCAAUGUCAUCAAAAUGAUUCAAACCAGAGGCAGAGGAAGAGCAAGAGAUAGCAAGUGCUUCCUCCUGACUAGCAAUGCUGAUGUAAUUGAAAAAGAAAAGGCGAACAUGUUCAAGGAAAAAAUAAUGAAUGAAUCCAUUUCAAGACUUCAGGCAUGGGAUAAAAUAAAAUUUGAAGAAAAGGUUCACCACAUACAGAUGCAAGAAAAAUUAAUCAGAGAUAGUCAACACAAACCACAGCCUGUACCUGAUAAAGAAAAUAAGAAACUGCUGUGUGGGAAGUGCAAGGCCUUUGCGUGCUACACAGCUGACGUCCGGGUGGUUGAGAAAUCCCACUACACUGUCCUUGGAGAGGCUUUUAAGGAACGCUUUGUGUCUAAGCCACACCCUAAACCAAAGAUCUAUGAUAGCUUCGAGAAGAAAGCAAAAAUAUUCUGUGCCAUCCAGAACUGCCGCCACGACUGGGGAAUUCAUGUGAAAUACAAGACAUUUGAGAUUCCAGUCAUAAAAAUUGAAAGUUUUGUGGUAGAAGAUAUUGCAAGUGGAGCUCAGAACCGGCACUCAAAGUGGAAGGACUUCCGUUUUGAAAGAAUACAAUUUGAUCCUGCAGAAAUGUCUAAUUGAUCUUGGGGCUCCUUAGUCUCGUAGUAUGAACCAAUCCUUUCUCACACAAGCUUACACCAUGUCGAAUGCCAGAUAACCUGACCUGUUUGUUACAAGCAGUUCUCAUUCACACAAAGCACAUAUGCAUAACUGUAGCACUGAAUACCUUAUUCACCAAUAACUCUUAGCACUUGGCAAUGGGGGGGUGUUAAAAAAAAACUUCCCUUUUAUACUUUUCAGAAUUGCCUGCCAAUGUACACACAGCCAUUCAAUACAUUGGGUUUGCUCAGUCUGCCACAAGCUGGCUUUGCCCUUAACAAUCUACUGAAUUUGCUCUUUUUCAAGGCCACCAGAGAGACUGCCAAAUCUAACGGACACUUCAGGUUUUUGCAUUGGACUCUUCCUGAUUUUGACUCUAUCACACUCCCUUCUGAUUCUAUUGGUUUCUGUUUCUUUCCAGUCUUUUCCCAUUGGCUUUUGUGGACAGAAGUACAGGUGAUUGCAAGGUUCUAUAUGCACAGAUGUAUGUAUUAAAAUGACAUGUGCCUUUAAAAUUUAAA